CGUCCCAUUGACCUAGCUACCCAACACGAACAUGCCACCCCAAAUCAAACAGGAUCUCAAUCGGUCAGGAUGGGAGACCACCGACUUCCCAUCAGUCUGCGAAAACUGCCUCCCUGAGAACCCAUACGUGCAGAUGCUCAAGGAGGAUUAUGGCGCCGAAUGCAAGAUCUGCACCCGCCCUUUCACCAUCUUCCGCUGGAAAGCCGACCGGACGGCCCGCACCAAGCGCACGAAUAUUUGCCUUACCUGCGCCCGGUUAAAGAACUGCUGCCAAUGCUGCAUGCUCGAUUUGUCGUUCGGUUUACCCAUUGUGGUCCGCGAUGCCGCGCUGAAGAUGGUGGCGCCCGGUCCGCAGAGCUCGAUCAACCGUGAAUACUACGCACAGGGCCACGAGAAAGAGAUUGAGGAAGGACGGGGUGCUGUGGAGGAAUACGAAAAGACUGAUGAGAAAGCUCGCGAGUUGCUGCGAAGGCUCGCCAACAGCGAACCUUACUAUAGGAAGCCGAGGCAGCUGGAGGCGCCGGAGGAAGAUGGAGAGACGCAAGGCCCAUCAGAUGCUACGGUGGUCAGGAGCCGUUAUGGUAACGGGCCAGGGCCGGUACGAACAAGUGAGAGCAGAAGAGGUACACCACUACCUGGGCGGGGUCGAGGAGGUGUGCGCGGCGGGCGACCAUUCCCUGGUACCGCGCAGCUUCCGCCAUCGCAGGCAGAUAUACUCCCACCCGCUGACCCCAACAUUACUUCUCUUUUCGUUACCGGUGUUGAGGACGAUCUCCCCGAGCACGCUUUACGAUCAUUCUUUGUGCAGUUUGGUCAGCUCCGGUCUCUCGUCUGUUCGCAUCGCGCUCAUUGCGCCUUUAUCAACUACGCCGCCCGUGAAUCCGCCGAAGCGGCCGCUAAACAUUGCCAAGGCAAAGCUGUUGUCCAGGGUUGUCCUCUUCGAGUUCGGUGGGGUAAGCCCAAGGCGUUGGAUAACAUGGACCGGGAGGAGCGAUUAAAGUAUGCUCGUGAGGGUCGGCAGGCUGUGGGGUCUUUGGGGAACGCCGAUCAAGGGACGAAGGCCAUCACGGCGGGUACUGAGAAGGAACAAAUACCCCGUCAAGUGGCUGUUGCUCCUCCUCCUGGCAGUGGGGAAGUUCAGUACUCGAGUAUGUCUGGUGAUUAGAUAUUUCUAUGUAGGGACGUUAUGGGUCCAGGCUCUUGGAGCUUCAUGUUAUUAAGCGGGCGUUUGUAUG